GGAACCUGUGCGCGUCGCACGCUCAGGAAGUGGAUCAAACCACCAGGAGAUCACCGCAGAUAGCGAUUCUCCCAAUUUUUCAAACGUGACCCUCCCGACUCUAAACAUCAGUCAAAUACAUAUUUUUGGGACUUUAUUUGGGUCGAUAAUGCUGGAUGGUCGCCCUCAUGAAACUCACCAGAGAUAUUUACAGGUUGUUGGGUCUCGGAAGCGGGCCUACUAUUCAGCAGGAAGAGGAGCAGAUGAACUGUGGUGGUGCAAACUCUGACCCGAGUCACAAUGCCAUUUUGCCACAGGAUGCAAUAAACGGUGAAGAGGAUUUGAGUGAGGAAGAAAAGGCCCGACAGAAAGCAGAGCGACGGAAAGCCAAGAGGAAGCGCCGUCGAAAUCGUAAGAAGCAAGAACAAACUAAGCAGCACGACAGUGUUGAACGCGACGACGAAGAGGAAGAUGGUGGUGCAGAGUCGGAGCUGGACGAGAGCGAGUCGGAAGCAGACGUCGGUGCUGAAGAGGAGAAACAAAGAGCACAAAAACAGGAGAAAAGUAAUGAUGCAAAACCAGCUGCUCCACAGAACUAUGUUGCCAUACCUGUCCUAGCUCUUGUAGAAAUGAAAGGGUGCCAGAAGACAAAAGCCAGAUCCACUGAAGAGGAGCCCGAGUGGGAUGUGAGCAGUGCCUUUUUUGCUAACGCUGCUAGCCAUAUCAAACCCAAAGGAUCAAGUCGCAAGUCCAAAGAAAACAAAGAGAACGAGGCCAGGAGAGAGACCAAUGGUACAGACUCCAUGACCAAGAAAAGUGCAUCACUUACAGAAAAAGGGAUAAAGUUGGUGCAAGAAGGGCAGUAUGCACAAGCAGUCGUUUUGUUUACAGAAGCCAUCAAAUGUGACCCAAAUGAUUACAGGUUUUUUGGAAAUCGUUCUUAUUGCUUCUACUGCUUGGAACAGUACCCAAAAGCCUUGGCAGACGCUGAAAACUCCAUUCAGUUGUCUCCAGAUUGGCCCAAAGGACACUUCCGCAAAGGCAGCGCUCUCAUGGGCAUGAAGCGGUACAGUGAAGCAGAAAAGGCUAUGGAGCAGGUGUUGAAACUGGACAAAGAUUGCGAGGAAGCUGCCAAUGACCUCUACAACUGCAAAGUUCUUCAGCUCAUGGAGCUUGGUUUUGAAGAAUUACAAAGUGUACUUCUACUGGAGAGAUUUCCAACUGUGCAGGCUGUUCUGGCUUCUUGUUCCGAUGCAGCAAAAGCCGGGGGUCAAGAUCCAUCAAUUGCGCAACCAGGAAGCCCUUGUCCAUCUCUUUGGGUGGGAAAUGUAACAACUGAGAUAACAGAGAAACACUUGUGGGACCUUUUCAAAAUGCAUGGUGAGAUAGAGAGCAUUCGUGUUCUGCACGAGAGAUUCUGUGCCUUUGUCAACUUUAAGAAUGCAAACAUGGCAGCCCGUGCCAUGGAGAAACUAAAUAAUCACUGUAUUGAGAACACGCGUUUAGUUGUGCGCUACCCUGACCGUCGCCCUCAGAAGAUCCUUCCUGUUCCACUUAAAACCUUUCUCCCUGUCACACAGCAGGCAGGGGCAGCUGCUAGUCCUCGAAGACGUGGCCCAGUGAACGGAGACGAGUGUUACUUCUGGAGAACCACUGGCUGCCACUUUGGAGACAAAUGUCGCUACAAACACAUUCCUGAUCAGAAAGGCAAGGACAGGAAACCGUGGCAGCCUUGAACUUGUUUAUGCUUUCUUUUUUCUUUUUAGUUUUUAAACGCAGAGAUGCACCAAACGUGCCCGUAAAGUUGGUAUUUAUUGACUCAGCAGGUUUUGAUAGAAACAUGUUCGUAUUUACUGUAACUCUCCCUUUUUACAUCAGGGUCCAAGUGAAGAAUGGUCACAUGAGACAAACACCUGAGAGCAUGAAGGCUAUUUUAGAUAAAGACCUGAAUUGAUACCGUUUAAAAAUUCACAGUAAGCACAAGGUGAAACAACAAAMCUUUGCGUACACAGCCUUCAUAAAACACAGUGACCUAUUCCCUCUUUAAGGGACACUAAACCCAGCAUCACAUGGAAGUUAGGUGGAAGUGAAACUAGCCCACUAUAGAGGAAGUAGAAAGUCAUCGCUUUGUCAUGCACAGUUGGUAUUAUAAAUGAGCCUCAGGGUGGCUGUUUUUGUGUCAGGAUCCUUCCUCCAUCCACUACAAAAGCAGCAUUUGACCCAAAUUUUGCAUAAAUACAUUUUUUUAUUUUAAUCUUAAUUUAAUAAUCUUGGUGGAGCUGUUGCUCUCGUCUCACACCAGUCUGCCAGUAAUACCUGUUCUUGUGCCAUUGUCAGAACCAAACCAAAGACCUAAGUGGUAUUACUUGACAUUUCAGUACUUCCCCUAUGCAAAUGAAUUUUGUAAGCUAAAGAGACCUAGAAAUAGGCCUCGAAACUGUUCCACGUAGCCUUAGUAUGGUAAUGGCCAAAUGAUGUACAGUUAGAUUGAGUUUGGUUGUCUAUGUAGGUCAAUCACAAAUUUCACUUAAUUUAUUUACCAAUUGGCCUUACAUUUAAAGUUCAACAUUUGUUGUAUAUCAGACGAGUAAUAUGAACAGUUUUGUAGGGCUUUGUGUAAUAACUGGAGGAUGUUAUAACAUCAAAACUUAACAAAACUUGAUAAUGUGUAAUCCAGUAAAAACAGUACUGCUACUCAGAAAGGCUGUAGUGCUCAGUAUUUACAGUAAGUGUGUCUGAUAAGUAUUCUCUAUAUAGCAGUUUUGUUGUUUUGUUGAUCUGGAUUGUAUGAACUAAGAAUUAUGACAUAUGACUUGCUUCUGUUUGCUUGUUCAUCCUAUUCAUUGUGUGACUUGAGACAAAAACUGACCCACGUACCAAACUCAUGGAAGAUUUUUAACCAGUUUAUUUUUAUUGUAAGUUUCUUCUGAAAUCCUCAUAUCUGAAAAGUCAGACACACAGGUUUAUCACCUCUGGGACAAAUAAUCAUGUGCACAUAUGUAAAGAGCAAGAUUGUUGAAACAAAGACACUUUGAGCUUUUUAAAAGCAGUGUUUAUGAUCUUAAGGACCUCUAUUACAGUAUUUCAGUGAGCUAAAGAUUUUGAAGGCUUUAUUUCCUAAUUUCCGACACUAGACCAUGAAUUCCAAGCCCUGUGGCAUGUGUUUGCAUCACCCACUAGACAACUACAGCCCAAGUCCACACUACAUUCACAAGUAAACUAUGCACUGCGUAGUAAGAGUAUUUAUUUAGCUAUUUAUACAUUUAUUUUAUUUUGAAAUAGUAGACUUUUCUAUCUAUAUAAAGCUUUCCUUUACUGUUUAUGUUUAACAUUGUGAUUAAACUCUACAAAUGUAUGCAUCUAAUUUCUGGUUAUGGCUUACGUUAAGAGACAGUUGGCACAAAUUCUGUCACAUGCUGCACUUCUGCUUUUUUUUAAGUUUCUGUUCUUGUGGCUAAAACUUGUGACAACAGAUUUAGAAACCAAACAUUAAUACCAUUUUUGUUUCUUUAACAUCCUAGCUCAAAUCUUUAUUGAUUGGUGCUUUGUAAAAUUUUAAAGUGACUCUCAGUAAAUUAUAGUUUGUUUGUUUUUUCUGCACAUUUUCUUAUAUUUUUCUUGUACAGAUAUGUCACUUUGGUCUAUUACUGUUUUAUUUCUUGGCUUUUAGUUUCUGUUCAUCAUUUCCAACUUGUUCAAUUGAAUGCCCCUUUUUAAUUUAUACACCUAUUUUUAAUUCAAACUGUAAUUCUGUUAAUGAAUCUUUCUAAAAUUUUGUAUUACUGUACUGCAAAUAAGAGUUUUAUAUUUAAUAAACCUGUAUAACUGAG